AGCCGAGUCCUAAAGCGUCCGCCAUGUUCCGUCGUCUAUAGCCGAGGCAGAGCAAGAGGAGAAUGGUGAGGCUGCACACGGCGGGUCUUUAGCACACUCUCUCUGUCUCAGACGCGCCUCCAACAUGUUUCUGUGGGACUGGUUAACCGGAGUGCUGGGCUACUUGGGCCUGUGGAAGAAGAGUGGCAAGCUGCUGUUCCUGGGUCUGGACAAUGCCGGGAAGACCACGCUGCUCCACAUGCUGAAGGACGACCGCAUGGCCCAGCACGUCCCCACACUACACCCAACGUCGGAGGAGCUCAGCAUAGGUCAGAUCAAGUUCACGACCUUUGACCUUGGUGGGCAUCACCAGGCGCGGCGAGUGUGGAAGGACUACUUCCCUGCCGUGGACGCCAUCGUCUUCCUCAUAGACGCUGCAGACCGGGGACGCUUUUCGGAGUCCAAGGCUGAGCUGGACUCCCUGCUCACCGAUGACCAGCUCUCCAAUGUCCCCAUCGUCAUCCUCGGCAACAAGAUUGAUGUCGCCGGCGCCGCCUCCGAGGAUGAGCUGAGACAGUACUUUGGGCUCUUCGGACAGACCACGGGAAAGCACAAAAUCCCGAGGAACGAGCUGCCGGGCCGCCCCCUGGAGCUGUUCAUGUGUUCCGUGCUGAAGCGUCAGGGCUAUGGGGAAGGCUUCCGCUGGAUUGCAAACUACAUCGACUAAUACGACCCCUCUCCCCUCGUCCCCCUCCCCUGCCCUGCCCCUCAUCCCUGCUCCCUCGCUCACCUCUCAACCCCCCCCCCCUCCUCUUCUUCCUUAUCUGAUGCCCUUUACUAUCUGUCAAUCUGCCCUAAUCUGUCUGUAAUUCACCUCCUGGUAUACACACACACACACACACACACACUCCUGUCUCUCUCUCUCUCUCUCUUAUCUCUUCUUGUACUCCCUUAUCCACCUUUUCUUCCUAUCUCUGUUAUUCCAUACACUCACUUUCCUCCUACCUUUCCCUUCUUCCUCUCCUUCAUGGUAUUGUGUUUCUUUGCCUUUCCUUCUGUCUGUCUGUCUAUUCUAAUCCUGCAUCCAACAUCCUCUCAAAAUCCCUCCUUGUCCCUUCCUUUGUUCCCAUCCUCCCUCCUUCCCAUUCUCUUAUCUCUCUCCUCCCUCUCCAUCCCCACCCUGCUUCCUUCCCUCCCUCCCUCAGAACUCAUUCCCACACUCGUCAGUUUUUGAAUUUUUAACGUUAAGUCUUGGAGAGAGAAAGAAGAAGAAACAAGUGCUAUGCCAACAACAACAAGAACAGUGACUCAUGACAGACGGAGCGAGCAAGAGAGACAGAGAGAGAGAGAAAAAACGUCCGUCAAGAACCCAAACCGACAGCAAAAAAAGAAAAAAAAUGAAAGUGUUAUUCCAAGAGUUAUUAUUACGAUUAAGUUGUUAUAAGUUUUAAGUCUUUUUCUUCCUUCCUCCCCCUUAGAGAAAACACACGAAAAAAUCAAUUAUUACUAUCCGUACAACUAUUAUCGUCGCUGCUAAGAGAGGUAGUGCCGCGGAGGAGGGCCAUCAGCUCGGCCUUCUUCCCUGCGGGCGGGUGAUUGUUUUUAUAUACGCUAGAGUUUGUCCGCUAUUUAUUUAUUGUGGUCGCGGCCGUCACCCCGAGUUGGUAAGUUAACGGUUACUAUUACUAAUGUUUUCCCGGAGAGGUCAAUGGUUGGUUGGUGAGGUUGAUUAGGUUAGUGCUGUGGUGCUGGGCAAGGCUAACACAGGACAGAGAGAGAGAGGCUGGAUGACAGGAAAGUAGUGGAUGAAAGCAAGAAUCAGGAUGAGAAAGUAAACUGAAAAAUAACAAUAAUCAAUAAUAAGUGAAGGUUACGCGGAUAAACAACACACACGGCUGAUUGAAAUGUGAGAAGAGAAGAUAAAUUAAAGUAAGGGACAACUGAUGCAAGAAUAGACAUGAGAAAAGAAGAACGAACAGUCAACAGACGAAAUGAAAUGAUGAAAGAAGUGAUGGAGCCAAAUGGACAAUGGAUGGAAGAACUAGAGAGGCCAAUAAAUGAAAGAAGAAAAGAAUAAACAAGAAUAAAUGGAUAAUAGACACAAAAACAGGUGGCCAAUAGAUUCAAGGAAGAGAUGUAUAAGCGCCGAAACUAAAUGGCCAAUACACAUUAUGAGGAAAACGAUAAACAGCAAGAAGACACGAGAAGAAAAAUAAUAAAUACCACAAAUAGAAAUAUAAAUGCCUGAAGGAUGCUAAGAAAAUAAAUGACCGAGAAGACGUCCCCAAAAAAUAUAAACGCCGGAAAUGAUUAAACUCGGACACCAUCAGGAGAGUAAACGACAAAGACCCCACAGUAAAAGAAUAGACGCAAGAAUGAACGACAAAAAUGAUUCACUUGGACGCCACUAAGGAGAGAAUAAACGCCAGAAGGACGCCACGAAGAAAGGUAUAAACGACACGAAACUUAAAUAAUUCACCAAUCAAUUCUAUAAACUCCGAGGACGAACGCCGGACCCCAUACGCAGAUAGGUCGAAACAUCUACACCCACCACCAUCAACCCCCAAAAGACGACCCAACAAUGACGGCAACAACGGCAAAUCGUCCCUUCAUCUUCAGUUCUAAUAUGCGUGUGUUCGUGCGUUCGUCCUCGCGUUAAAAUCUGCCUUGCGUGUGAGAUGUAACAGGCGUCUUAACCCCCCACCCCCACCCCUCGCUCCCUCCCCCCUUCGUCCUCUACGCCAGGGAGUGGACGAUGAUGGUGACAGUGAAUAUGAAGGUGAAGAUGCCCCCUUAACUGUGUAUUUCCAGGUUUCUGUUAUACCAAGCAACUUUAUAUAAGAAAAGCAUGUAAACUUGA